AUGUAUUUGUUUCAGUUUCCAAAAGGAUCAGCAAUGAAUCCAAUCAAGAUUCAGGAAUUUAAACAAAUUAAAAAUGAUUUUCAAUGGCACGAACUUUUGAAGUUAGAUAAAGAUCAAUAUUUAAAUUUUCGAAAUGAUCUUCGAAAUAGAGCAGCUUCCAGGCUUUCACGUGGUGAAUCAGUAUCUCGUCAGCAAAAAGGAAAAGUAGAAGAAGUUAUUAGGGAUUUUAAAGAAGCAAACCCAACAUUUCCAGUCUCUGAGGCUGAUUUUAUCCUUCGAGAAUGGCUUGCUUUAUAUUGUAAUAGCAUGGUUGACCAGGCGAAAAAAAAGAAAAUUGCCGAAGCAAAGAAGCAUGGUCUUCCACCACCACCACCAAAAAGAAAAAAUGUCCAACCUCCUAAAAAGCAUAAUAGUAUGGAUAAUAAUAGAACAACAACAACUGAAAGCUCACAAGAUUCUGAGAGAGUUACUCCACCAUCUUCUACUUCGUCUACUGAUGCACUACUUGCAAUAACUCCACAAGUUAACGCUCCUACUGCAACUGAAACAAUGGUUUUCACUUUCUCUACCAAUGAAUCAAAUGCUCCAGUUGUAACUAAUAUAUCAUCUACCUCCGAAGUCAAUAUUCCAGCUACAACUGAAUUUGCUGUAGAAACUCCUGGUAAAAAAGGUAGAGGUAAAAGAAAAAAAGAAGUUUCCCAACAGAAACAAACAUCAACUAGACAAACACGAUCCAGCAAGAAAUCUAAACAGUAG